AUGGUACUUCCACCAAAACGCAUGGGAAGAGGGUUCAAAACACUAAGAGAAGUGCCUUGUAAGCUACUGGCAGAAGAUCUUGGGUUGAAGAUUCAUCAGCGUGAGACUUUUACCAAGUGGAAUUCAGCCAAAUACGGUGGCCUCAAUGUGCAUCCUUCUCUGCUACCAGAUCUCCGUGGACCUGCACCGGUUCACCACGCGAUACUAAAAGGCUAUGAACAUACCGGGGUUUCAUUGCAGACACUAGACGACAGAGAGUUCGACCAUGGAACUGUGCUAUCUCAAACUCCCUUUCCAGGGAUAUCAGUCCCUCCCGGCAGCACUGUCCAGGAACUCACCAAUCUCCUUGCACCGAUUGGGGCGCAAAUGCUGAUACAAGGUCUUCGAGACGGCGUCCAUGUUCCACCGCGCCAGGACAAAAGUUGGAAGGGAGAAGAGCUCGACGAAGACCGGCUCAGCCAUGCGCCGAAGGUCACAAAGGCCGACGGCCACGUCAAGUGGACUACUUGGACAGCGGAUGAGAUCGUACGACGGGUACGAGUCCUUGGUUCGGUAUGGACACACGCUGUCAAUAAGAAAGGCGAGACAAAGCGCCUGAUUUUUCAGGAUGCUGAGUGUGUAUCCUUAGAAGAUGUGAGAACUGAUGGCACAGAAGUACAGUUUAUUGAAGGUUCCGAGUUGGGAGUGUUUGAGACUUUGAUAUCGGAUCAAGGUAACGGUAGCUGUGCUGUUCGUACCUCAGAUAACAAUUUGAUACGAGUAAGGAGAAUCAAGGAGGAGGGAAAACCAGAGAGGGGUGCGAUGACUGUACUGAAGGGCUAUAUCACAAAGGAUCAGUAG